AUGGAUGUGUCUGAUGAAAAUUUGGUAACCCUUAGCCAGUACUUGCAACAAACCUUGAAUCCUGAUGUUAAUGUCAGGAGACCAGCUGAGAAGUUUUUGGAGGGAAUUGAAAUCAACAGGAAUUAUUCACUGCUCCUGUUGCAUUUGAUCCACAAGCCUGAGGUUGAUAUGACAAUAAGAGUAGCCGGUGCAGUUGCAUUCAAGAAUUUCAUCAAAAGGAAUUGGAGUGUUGAAGAUGACCAACCGGAUAGGAUCCAUGAGAGUGAUAGGUCCCAAAUUAAAGCACUGAUUGUAACAUUGAUGUUGUCAUCACCUGAAUCCAUACAGAAACAGUUGAGUGAUGCAAUUAGUAUAAUUGGAAAAACUGACUUCCCAUUGAAAUGGCCAGAACUGAUUACGCAAAUGGUUGAGAAGUUCUCUACUGGUGACUUCAAUGUAAUAAAUGGUGUACUCAGAACAGCACAUUCAUUGUUCAAGAAAUACAGAUAUGAAUUCAAAUCAAAUGAGCUGUGGUCUGAAAUUAAACAUGUUCUUGAAAAGUUGGCACAGCCUCUCACAGAUCUUUUAGUGGCUACAAUGAAUUUAACUCAAACGCACGCUAAAGAUGAGAACGCUUUGAAAGUAAUCUACAAUUCACUGAUGCUUGUGUGUAAAGUGUUUUACUCAUUGAAUUUCCAAGAUUUGCCUGAAUUCUUUGAGGAUAACAUGGGGAUUUGGAUGAACAAUUUCCAUACUCUUUUAACAGCUGAAGUUAAAUGCUUGGAGACUUCAGAUAGUGAAGAAUCUGGCGUUAUGCAGCAAUUAAAAUCACAGGUUUGCGAUAAUAUUGCGUUGUACGCACAGAAAUACGAUGAGGAGUUUCAACCUUAUCUUCAGCAAUUCGUAACAGAUAUUUGGUCUUUAUUAGUGUCCACCGGUUUGGAGCCUAAAUUUGAUUUGCUGGUUUCAAAUGCUUUGCAAUUCCUGUCUUCCGUAGCGGAUCGUAAUCACAAUCGGUAUUUGUUCGAGGCUGCUAAUGUGUUGAACAGCAUCUGCGAGAAAGUCAUCAUACCUAACAUGCAAUUCAGAGAGUCUGAUAAGGAGUUGUUCGAGGAUAACCCUGAGGAAUAUACGCGGAGAGACAUCGAAGGGUCCGAUAUCGAUACGAGAAGAAGGGCUGCUUGCGAUUUGGUGAAUACUCUCAGUCAGAAUUUUGAAGAAAGUAUUAUAAAUAUUUUCGGGAGUUAUCUGCAAGUCAUGAUGAAACAAUACGCUGAGAAUCCUCAACAAAAUUGGCGCAGCAAAGAUGCAGCCAUCUAUUUGGUAAUCUCUAUGGUAAGCCGAGGAUCAACGCAAAAGCAUGGAGUGACGAAGAGCAGCCAGUUCGUGUCCGUGCCGCAAUUCUGUCAGGAGCAUAUCCUCAUGGAAUUAGAAAGGCCAGAUGUCAAUGAUAUGCCUGUAUUGAAAGCCGAUGCCAUCAAAUACGUGAUGACGUUCCGAUCGAUUCUGCCUAAGGAGAUCGUUGUUGGUACUUUACCGCAACUCGUGAGACAUAUUCCUUCAGAGAGUGCUGUUAUCCAUACGUAUGCCGCUUGCGCUAUAGAAAAAAUAUUGAUGAUGCGCAACAGCACCAAUAACGCAAUCGUGACCGGCGAUGAUUUGGGUCCGCUUUCUGGAGAGCUGCUCUCCAACCUAUUUGCAGUAUUGGAUAGGCCUGUAUCCGAGGAGAACGAAUACGUAAUGAAAGCAAUAAUGCGCUCAUUCUCGACUCUGCAAAAUAAGGUUAUUCCUUACUUGGCAUCAAUUUUACCGAAGCUCACCGAAAAACUGCAAGCCGUGUGCAAGAAUCCCUCGAAACCGCACUUCAAUCACUAUCUGUUCGAAACCUUUUCUUUGGCCAUUAAGAUCGUUUGCGCCAGUAAUCCUGGCGCGGUGAAAUCUUUUGAGGACGUUCUCUUCCCUAUAUUUCAAGGAAUCUUGCAGCAAGAUAUACAAGAAUUCAUUCCGUACGUGUUUCAAUUACUGUCUAUGCUGAUGGAGAUGACCCCGCCUGGAUCAAUCCCUGAACCGUACAUGCAACUUCUUCCGUGCCUCUUGGCUCCUGUCCUGUGGGAGAGACCUGCAAAUAUCAGUCCGCUGGUUCGACUGCUGUGCGCUUACUCCAUGCAAGCCGCUCCACAAAUCGUCGCUCAAGACAAAUUGGGAGGAUUCUUGGGUGUUUUCCAGAAGUUGAUUGCGUCUAAAUCAAACGAUCACGAGGGUUUCCACUUGAUGCAACACAUGAUCCAACAUUUCCCAACAGAGGCAUUGACGCCGUUCCAUAAGCAGAUCUUCUUUUUGCUGUUCCAACGUCUUUCGUCCAGCAAAACCACGAAAUACGUGAUCGGUUUGAUCGUAUUCUUCUCGAUGUACGCUGUUAAAUAUUCACCCAAUGAUUUGGUUUCUACAAUCGAUGGAAUUCAAGCGCAGAUGUUCGGUAUGGUUUUGGAAAAAUUGUUGAUCGCUGAAAUGCAGAAAAUAUCGGGCAUCGUCGAAAGGAAGAUCGUUGCUUGUGGUGUGACGAAAUUGCUCUGCGAAUGCCCAGAAAUGUACACGGGGACUUACCAAAAGUAUUGGACUGCAUUGUUGCAGGCUCUGCUGUGCUUCUUUGAGAUGCCACGAGACGAGACGACCUUCCCCGAUGAUCAUUUCGUAGAGAUCGACGACACGCCCAGCUUCCAAACAACCAGUGCAAAGCUGAAUUUCGCCAACGCCGCCAAAUCUGACCCUCUGCAGGCCAUCAGCGAGCCGAGGCAAUUCUUGGCGCAGAGUUUGGCCACGUUGGGAUCAUCCCAACCCGGCCGUCUGCCCACCUACGUCAACUCGAUCAACUCUGAAGCAUUGAAAAUCCUGCAAGGAUAUCUGAGCAAGUUUGGAGUUCAGAUUGUUUAAUGACUCUAAUGUUAAGUUUUAAAUAUUAUCGUUACACUAUAUCUCAAUACGCAAACACAAGCGCGCGCGUACUCAAUUCAUUGCUAUAAUAACAAAAUAGGUAUAUUAUUUUUUUAAUUGUCUAAGUUAUGUGUAGUAAACACAUGUUUAUCUUCGAUUUAAAUAAAACAAGUUUUUGAAUA